AUGCCCGAGCUGGCACUCUCAUCCCACGGCCCAUUACCUAUAGCUUCCCGAACUAGCAUGAACAGUGCUCCUCCGCCACUGCCGCCCCCACCCAGAAUUCGCGAUCUGGAGGUCGGUCAUGACGCUGGUUGGCAACACGCCAAUCCCCAAUCUUCAGUUUCUCUUCCGCCAAUAGAUCCGAGCUCCAGCUUAUUUGGAGGUCAUCGGCGGCCUGAAAUGGCGUCUCAAGGUGACCCAAUGCAAAUAGACGAGCUAGAAGGGAGGCAGAGUGGUGCCCCCGUCUCGGGCAGUCCUGAAACUCAGAUCCAGAUUGAGCCCCCGCGGGCAGUCACAGACGGAUUUCCAAUUUCCAUGCCGGUCAACCCGAAUCCGGUCGGUUCAAUUUUGAGUGGUGAGCGCGACUUUUCACUGCGGAGUGUCAUCGACUCGUCAAAUGCAUACGAUCAACAUCUACUAUCCAAAAUUGGAAAGCCGCAAAUCAAACAUGUUUCCCCGAGGGGAUCUAUCAGUGGAACGGACCACCGAAAUUCGCUCACCGCGCUUACCGUCCCUUCGCGGAAUCCCAGUAAUCUGCCAUCACCUGGACCUUCAGAAGGAUCGACACUAGACGUGAAAUGGUACAACAGCCCUCAAUCUGGGGGCGUCUCUCCCAGGACCAAGGUCGGCUGGGGAGAGUAUGCCGAAGGCCGCAGCCCAAGUGUAGAAAGCAAUACACCGUCAUCAGCACCGGAUCACGACCAAGGAUCAUUGGGCCGUCGCCGUCACCGAGGGACAACGCCACAGCGAGAUGACAGCAUCAGUUUACCCAGUCGAUCGAAUCGUGGAAGUUAUGACCAGGGAGUGUUUUCCGACGUGGAGGAGGAAUUCUCAACGAACGAGCCAGCAGCUCCGCGACAAUUCAUUCUUCGAGAACCUACUCCGCCUUACCCGGAUCCUUCGAGACUUGGCAUGAAACGACGGGCAUCUUCGCCUCCGCGCGAGCCGAUAGGUGAUGACAGGCAUACUCUGCAUCUUACUACGAGUAACGGAGACCUGUCCCAACGAAGACUGUGCGGUCAUCCGUCGACGAAUUCAUUAACGGUGAACCCCAACUACGCGACAAGCCAGCGAACUCUUUCUGCCGCCUCAUCCUUGAGUAUCCGAACCGGAUCGUAUUCGUCGACGCUGUCUAUUGGGGGCAGCAGUAUGACCAGUCUUUCCCCGUACGACCGCCCGUCUCCAGGUGGUCUUUCCCCAAGCUCAGAUCUCGACACUUACCACGAAAAAUCAAUUCUCAACCCCCGCUCUCCAGUCACGAUAGCCCAGCCUGUGCUUCCAAGGCUCCCAGGUCCCGCCUCCCUAGAACCACCCGCAACAGACGCCACAGGCAAAAUGUCUGUACCAACGACCAUCAUAAACGUACCGAAAGCCGCCGCGCCAAAAAUCGCCGGACUAUUCAUCUGCGAUUGCUGUCCAAAGAAGCCUAAAAAGUUUGACAGCCCAGAGGACCUACGUGCACACGAGAUGGAAAAGCAGUAUGCCUGCGCCUACUGCAGCAACCGCUUCAAAAACAAAAACGAAGCCGAGCGCCACCAAAACUCCCUCCACCUUCGCCGUCACUCAUGGUCCUGCGCCGCCCUCGUCAGGUUCCAGUCCGCCUUCCAUUCCUCUGGCGCACAAAGCUGCCAAACAAACGCCGGAGCCUCCCACGACACGUGCGGCUACUGCGGCGAGGAAUUCCCCAACCUCCCACAGCCAGACUGGGAUCGUCGGUUCGAGCACUUGACUACAGUGCACAAAUUCGGCGAGUGCAACAACGCCAAGAAAUUCUUCCGUGCGGACCAUUUCCGCCAACACCUGAAGCAUAGUCAUGCUGGUACCAGUGGGAAGUGGACUAAUAUCUUGGAGAACGCUUGCAUGAAAGAGGAACAGCCGCCUGAGCCGAGGGAGCCGAGGGAACCUAGAGAUAUGCUUUCGACUGCGACUGGUCCCCAGAAUGGGGGUCGUUGA